AUGGCGGAUCAUCGCGAGGACGAAGAGAAGAAGGAGGAGCCGUUGAUUGAGAAGAUCGGCGAUAAAAUCCAUGGCCACAGUUCCUCGUCAUCGUCGUCGUCCUCGUCCUCGUCGGACUCUGAGGAUGAGAAGCCUUCGCCGUUGAAGGCCAAAGUCUCCCGCCUCUUCGGGAGGGAGAAGCCCGUUUUGAGAUUAAUGGAUGCGUUAAUUGCUGCCGAUGUGUUUCUAUGGAGGAACAAGAAAGUCUCGGCAGGAUUGCUCGGUGGGGCCACCGCAAUUUGGGUUCUCUUUGAUGUUCUCGAGUACCACUUACUAAGUUUCGUCUGCCAUGGUCUGAUGCUUGUGCUCACUGUUUUGUUUCUGUGGUCCAAUGCCUCUGCUUUCAUCAACAAAUCGCAUCCUCGCAUCCCAGAAGUGAGUAUUCCUGGAAAGCCAUUGCUGGAAUUUGCCUCCACUUUGAGGAUUGAGAUCAACCAUGCCUUUGCAGCUCUGAGGGAUAUAGCAUCUGGACGGGACGUGAAGAAAUUCCUCUCUGUGAUUGCUGGCUUGUGGGUAUUGUCAAUCGUGGGAAGUUGCUGCGACUUUUUGACUCUGCUUUACACAAGUAUUGUGCUGCUAUUCACUGUGCCUGUUUUCUACGAGAAGUAUGAAGACCAGGUGGACUCCUAUGCUGAGAAGGCACUAGCCGAGCUCAAGAAACAGUAUGCUGUUUUUGAUGCUAAAGUCUUGAGCAAGAUCCCUAGAGGGCCAUUGAAAGACAAAAAGCGUGAAUAA